AUGGAUCCAAAUCCUACUGGUAUAUUUCCUAAGAAGGUUACUUUUAAAGCUGCAGAUGGAUCUUCCAAAGAAGCCACGGGUGCGAAUAAGAAGAAGCAAACAACAAAACCUAAAGCAAUAGAGAAGGAGGUGCCUCGGAAAACUGUGUCUACGAAAUCAGGACAGGGUAUUCUUAAGAAGACACCAAAAUCUUUUUAUGAGAAAUAUAUAAGUAUUGGUUCUCAAAAGGUUAUUGAGAAGGUUCCUAAGAAGGUUACUGAGGAAGUUUCUACUCAAGAAUGUGAAAAUCCUUCUCACAUAGUUUUUCCUACGAAACCUAACAAGAUACAGCUAAAUGUGACAAAGGGGGGAGUUAUGAUUAAAGGUGUUUCCACUCCUGAUUCUCCUGAUACAAAGAAGAGGAAAGCACUAGAAUUUGUACAUAGACUAAAGAAGCUUAAGCCUUUUACUGUUGAAACACCAAUAAUGAAUGUUACAGUUGAGCAUGAUUAUGCUACAGAAGCCAUUGUAGAUGCAUUAUAA